CAUAUGAAAGGUUUUGCAUUAGGACUCGUUUUGAAACAGAGGCACAAAGUAACUAGGAAAUUGCCCAUUACUGAGCUCUGUUUUGGUAGUUGUUGUCUGCUUGCUCCUGCAGCCACUUUGGGUGAUUUUAUGAUCAGCAAACAAUCGCUGUUCGGGUUGUUACGCAAGAAAUGUUCAUACUGUGAGAGCGGGUCGCUCGUAGAAUAGCAUGAUACCUAAUUGAGCCAAAUUGUUUAGGGGUCAGUAGACGGUGGCUAUUUUUGAGAUAUCGAUGCCCGAAUUUGCAGGAGGCGGAACGCAAGUACCUGCAGGCUUGAUGCGUUUUCGGCGUCUGUCGGCUAGUGCCACUUAAAUGAUUUGCACAACCGUUCAAGAUUCUUUUUGCAACACCAUCAAACAGAUUUGCACCGUAAAUUCAAAAGACGUUUUUGCCCCAAGGUGUUAAUUUAGCCGUGGAGACCCAGGGUCAAUUAACAAAGCACGCUCUGUCAGGUGAUAGGCUGCUCACACAUCCAAAGCAGUGGUCUCCGUUUCGCUCCCUUGAAGAAGCGAAGACCGGGUCGAUAAUAGAUAAGUUCUUAUAUACCUCUUUCCAACUCGAAUCAAUUCACACAUCAAUACAACAACAUGACAUUUCAUUGCGGCACAAAAACGGACCUACUUUCACGUUUCUUUUGGAUCGAGGUCUUUGCCGAAUUUUUAACUACACUUUUAUACCUGUUUCUAGCCUGUGGAACAGGGUUAACGUGGAAUAACACUCCAAAUUCUGUUAUGCACACUGCAUUGACUAGUGGACUGAGCAUUGCAACUCUGGCCAUGUCAGUUUUUCACGUUUCUGGUGGACUUAUAAAUCCAGCCUUGACCGUCUGCAUGAUGGCCGUUGGAAGGGUCUCAAUCUUGAAAGCAGUGUUCUUUAUUGCAGCGGAGAGUGCGGGAGGUAAGGAUACAUUGCAAUUCAUUAUAAUAUAGUUUGUAGAUACGUUGCGGAUUACAGGGAGCGGAAAGCAAGUAGAAAUUCAACUGCAUUGGGAAUCUGUGAAUACAUUUUUAAAAUGAAAUGUGCAAGUUCACGAAAGAUCUGAAAGUUACAACAGAAAGUAAGCUGUACGAAGACGCUUUCGAUCAAUUUUGGUCUGAAAUCGGAAAAGGACGUUACCGGCGACAGGCAUAUGGAGGGAAUCGAAAGAAACCUGAAAUAUUUGGACACACUUGCCAUGUCUAAUUCGAUAAUGACAUCGAAAUCAGCCUAAAGACUUGAAAUAACUAAUGAAAUGAUAAUUUUGAAGCGAGUUUUGUCUAUCAAUCUACGUCCAAGGUUUGAUGUAUGCUGCACUGUAAGUUGUGUUAAUCAUAGCGUUUUCCAUAUCGUUCUCAGUUAUCUAAAACUUUUAAAGUACUCAUGUAUUACUGCACAAGUAGAUGCCGAUGUUUUACGGUGUAAGGCUUUCUAGAGCAGAAACUGCUUUUUCACUCAUAAAGUUUACCUCUUUCCCUUAAGCUUCACAGUCAAAAUGCAGUUACAUUUUAACUUACGUCUUUUCCAAAUCUUUAAAUUUUUUCAGUUCAGCUAUGUUUACACAUUAUUAUUCCGAAGCGCCUUGGGCAAUUAGUGAACUGGCGCCAUAGAAAUGCAACUAUUCUUUUAUUAUAACAGCUACUUUGUUCCAAGUCAGUCCCAUGUAUAACCUCUUUGUCAGAUUUUAAUGUCCUAGCUAGAAAAGGGCUGUUGUUAAAACCUCUGAGAAAUCAUCAAAUGUACGUUUUCUCUUUCGUUAGUAUUUUAGCAUUAGUCCUUUCUUAACAUGCAAGUAUAUUUUGUUUCGCGACAUACGCAGAGAUCACUUCGAUAUUGACCUGACUUAGGAUGGCAUUACGCAAUGGACCUUCGCUUCGCUAGGUUUUAUCUAGCGUACAUAGAUCUUUUUCCUACAGCUUGAAAAUUCCCAAUCUUCCAAACUGGGCAGUUCAAAUAUUUCAGACAAAAUCACCAAUUGACCAACAAACAAAUAAACAAACAAGUGAAAUGAGCACCCUGUCCUGACAAAGUAGCCCGUUUCCAAUUAACACCCCCCCUUCUUUUGAGUUGCCAAAAUUAAAUGAGCUCCCCACUUGGAUUCUAUGCCCUUGCAUGUACGCACCGCGGACCUAUUUUUGCAGUUUUGCCGUUUCGGUAUCUGGUCUGAGGGAUUAUGAUCGGAAGUGUUAGAUUUAUAAUGUUUUGGCAGAAAACUCUAAGCAUAGACUCAGGCAACUAUAUUGUCGAUGAAAAUCUACAUUUUACAGACAUUGAAACAGUAGAUACUCACUGGAAAAAACACGGCUCUGAACACAAUAAAUAACUGAAGACGAAGCGCGGCGAGUUUCCUCCAGAACGGUCGCUCUUAAAGUAGGAAACGACUGCUUGUCCUUUUUCCGUCUGAGGAAACCGACAUAAUAUGUUUCGGUUCUUCAAAGACAUCGAAAAUAAUUCAAGACGUAGAAAGAUGAAAUACUAAAAUGAAAAAACUGAGAUUGAAUUGGCAAUUGCGUGAAAGGUCGUAGAGUGACAUUGCGAUUCAAGACCUUUCAGAACAGUCCCUCGACAGUUUAGCGGUAAUUUUAAGAAUUACAGUAACUUGACGACGCUGAAUGGACAGUAGACAGAAAUUCAAAAUAAUUUAUUCCCGAUAUCUCGAAAACCUAAAACGUUUCUCUUUUGGAGUUUUUUGCAAAAGGAAACCCAAAAAUGUCCUUACCAGUGAUUGAGGAAAAAAGAAGAACAUUUGCAUUUUUGGAUGAAAAAUUGACAGAAUUACCCAAAGAGCCAACACUAAAUAAAUAAUAAGGCUUCACUCUGAUGAACCACCUCUUUUGCAACUACUACAGCCGUUAUGUUCUUUUGUACCCACUAAAAUUUACUUGUAUAAAAUUUCCGGCUUCCGUCACGAUCGAUUCAGUAUCUGAAGGGGUCACAAAAACAGUUAGGAUCUGAACAAGAUCCCAGGAUAAUUAUGAUCAAAUGCAGAGCGUAUGCAAAUGACAUAUAGCUUUCUUGUGAGUACUUGAGAAGGGUCCCCAUGGCAUGAAACCACGAGGGUAAUUUCAGUGAAGCUUAGGUCGUGUUUUACAGGGACUAACAUUCGAUUCAGGGAAACCGCCACCUGUUUGGCUGAUUUGUCUCCCUGUCCCAAACGAAAAAACUGGAAAAUAAUCCUCUCGUUUGUGAAAGUACAGUCCUUUAUUUAAAUUACACGACCUGGAUCUAUCUUACUACACCAGCUCAAAGAUCUCUCCGUGUACAAAACAGAUAGCUGAGAAACAUAAUUGACGCCGGUAUCUUGUAUCUUGCCCAGGGACACAUCACCAUCACGGGUCUAAUUCAGCAUGAAAACUUAAUAGCGCAAUCCGAAGUCUAACUAUCAGGCCAUUCCGAAAAGGCGAACACCGAGCUCAAAUUUGAGCUGUAAGCCAGUGCAUGAAGUUAGAGUAAGGCUGAAUUCAUCAGGUUAUACUGUUGACAUGGUCAUCUGCAACCUCAGCGACAUGGUCACAAUUUCAAGUUUACCAAUGAUUUGGCAUUCCGGUCUCGCGAUAGCAUUAUUGUAUGAUCAACUGAUAUACAGUGACGCUACUGAUCAACUAGAUCAUAGUCUAUUGUGAUCAAUCAACGUAUAAUUGUUGAAAAGUGUUGGAAACUGUUGCCAGCUACACGGCUCGGGUUGACUUUCUUUGAUGUGCACCGCUCCAACUUUAAACUGAAGGUAUUAUUCACUAUCUGAACUCGGUCGGACAAGGUGCGUCAAACUUUUACUGGAGAUGUAGUCAAAGUUUCUGAAAAGUUGCAUUGAUACCGUUAUUAACAUUGAAAAAUGAUAAAGUCGUCGUAUUCAUACAUACUAGUACACUUCUGUCAUCUGGAUAUAAUGAUUCUAAACGACCUAUAUCUCUUCCACUCGACAUACAGAUCUUCAGGACCUACAAAGUUAAGGUUUACGUUUGACUGCCAUUUUCUCUCAGAAACAUGAAAUUAAUGGUUACACUGCUUUUAUGCUCAAAACGUUAAUUUGCGCGAUACACAUGGUGGCAUUCGGCUGCCACGCGAAAAAUGAGACAGUCGAAGCUCUCAUAAGCGAACGCUUGGAAAAUUCGAAAACGUGGUCGCAAAUAGAGCUGCUUGCUUCUAAGAAUGGUCGCGACUCGUAAGCAACCGGCCACGGGCUGAAAUAAUGGAGAAUGGACUUAGCGUGAUUGUCUUUCAAAUUUGAUUGAGUAGAGUGGAGUCGCUUAUCCAGUGCCAUCCAUGACGUGUGCAGCGACUCAAAACAGUUGUAGUUCUUUCCCAAUCGGAGAAUUUCGUCAACUUUCCGUAUUCACAAGACCAUGAGCCAGCCUAUAACCCAAAGAUAGACUUUUUAAAGUCUUUCAGUUUCUCGUGCACAUUAACCCACUAACACUUCCCCUCACGGAUUCCACCCUCAGUCGACCCUCCCUCCAAUUUUAGUCAACAAUGACAGAUAGUCUCAAACUCAAGUCUGUCAUCCACAUCAAGUCACGACAAGUGGCUAAUGAAAGAUGACGAAUAUUUAGCCAAUCAGCAUGUGUGACUUUGAAAGUCCUUCUCGGUUGUUCCUAGCCCUUGAAAGCCGGUAGCUGUGGGGGCUUUAUAAGGUCUCUUGAGUAAACAUCGCCUGCACUUUUGAACACUGAGACAACAGUGAGUACCGGUCUUGUUUUGGUCCAUACAUAUAAUUAACACGGAUCGACGCAAACAUGUUUCUUCGAGACGGUAAAAUGGAGUUACGUUCCCGAUCAUUUUGGACCGAAGUCUUCGCCGAGUUUUUAGCAACACUCUUAUUCUUGUUCAUGGUAUGUGGGACUGUAUUACCAUGGAACUACAGCCCUCCUUCGGUUAUGCACAUUGCUUUCAGCCAUGGACUGAGCAUUGCGACUCUUGCCAUGUCUAUUCUACACAUUUCCGGAGGACAGCUUAACCCAGCCGUGACCAUCUCUAUGAUGGCCGUUGGAAGAGUUUCAAUGUUGAAAGCUCUCUUCUUUAUCAUAGCGCAGUGCACGGGAGCCAUCUGUGGGGCAGCCAUUGUUUACGGCAUCACUCCAAGCCAAUCUGUUGGAGCUUUAGGAGUUACAGCACCCGCCAAUGACGUCACCACUGCGCAGGCGUUUGUGACGGAGCUAGUCCUCACUUACAUUUUGGUUUUCGCGAUUUUCGCGGUCACCGACCCAAGCAGGGGCAUGACAGGUUAUGGGGUACCGCUGGCCAUUGGAAUUACUGUGUUCAUCUGUCUUAUGCAUGGGAUCCCAUCUUCUGGGGCCAGCCUAAACCCUGCUCGUUCUCUCGGCCCUGCUGUCAUUAUGAACUCGUGGAAAGACCAUUGGGUAAGAAAACAGGUUGUGGAUGAUGUGGUAGCAAAAUUUGCGUGUCCAAACAAGGGUAUUUUCUACCCUAGUGCUAAUGUCUUUUACGGUAUUCUUUUAUCGAAUCUAUCGUUUUCUGAAUGUGUAUUCUUUUGUUAUAUUUUGGGCACGUGCUGGCCUUUUGAAAGAGGUUUCUAUUAACGAUUUAUAGGGGGAAUUUUCAUACCUUUUUUGGAAAAGGAGGCCAAACUAAGUAAAUUCAAGAUACACUAGUAUUAUUUAGUCUCAUACUUUUAUGGAGCUCAGCGACUCAUACCGAUACAAAACGUCUCAGUGGCGACACGAAAACAACUUUGGAUAUUCUACGAAAGCUUCGCCAAGGCAAAUGUUUUAUCCCUGGCGUAGAAUAGAGCGUCGUUCUUCGAUGUUAGAACACAGAUGUCAAGUACUCGUAGAAUACUGCAAGACAAGGAUUAGUUUUGUCGAUGGUAAGAUAUCUGUGCAAAGAAGUGAUGGUACAUGCGGUAUCGUAUAAACUCUUAU